AUAACGAUUGCAGUAAAACAGCUGCUAAGGGCGGUUUUAUUUUGCAACGAUAUUUUCUUUUUUAAUUUUAUCAAAGAAAAUGCUGAGAUAUGGACUGCAAAUCUGUGGGAAACGAGGACAUAGAUUCCCCUGGCACCUGACCAAUCAAAGCUGGAGACGCAGCUACAGCAGCAAGAUCAGGAACAUCGGAAUACUAGCGCACAUCGAUGCAGGCAAAACAACGACCACGGAACGCAUGCUGUUCUAUGCGGGCAAGACGCGGGCUCUGGGUGAAGUGCAUCGCGGGAAUACGGUCACCGAUUACCUAACCCAGGAGCGAGAACGAGGCAUCACCAUCUGUAGCUCGGCAGUCACGUUUCCCUGGAAUGACCACCGCAUCAACCUGCUGGACACACCCGGCCACAUUGACUUCACCAUGGAGGUAGAGCAGUCCCUCUAUGCGGUGGAUGGAGUGGUCGUGGUUCUGGAUGGCACAGCUGGCGUUGAGGCCCAAACAGUCACUGUGUGGUCUCAGGCGGAUAAGCAUAAGCUUCCCCGCCUGAUAUUCGUCAACAAGAUGGAUCGCCCAGAUGCGGACUUCGAAAAGUGCGUCAGCGAUCUGAAGGAUAAGCUGGAAACGCAGCCUGUUUGCAUACAGUAUCCGGUAAAAAACGAAGAAGGAGUUUUGGCCAUCAACGAUGUGAUAACCCUGGAGCGACUAAGCUGGCAACAAAAGGACCUGGGUCGCAGCUACAAAAGUGUUAAGCUAGAGCCCUCAGAUGACCUGCGCCAGCUGCAGGAAAAGCGCAAUCAGCUGAUUGAUCAGCUUUCGGGAUUGGAUGACGAACUGGCCGAUGUGGUCAUCAGCACGGAGAGCUUCGAUAAGGUGGACAAUUCACUAAUCGAAAGAGCUCUUCGACGGGCAACCAGUCAACAGAAAGUUGUGCCAGUGCUGCUAGGAUCGGCCUACAAAAACGUAGGCAUUCAGCGGCUGAUGGAUGCUGUGAAUGCCUAUCUGCCCGCUCCAGAGGAGCGCAACCAAAUCUACGACUGCUUUGGCACAGAAGUGGCUGGCAAGGUCUUUAAGAUUGUACACGACAAACAACGUGGCGCACUGACCCUGGUACGGAUUCUAAGGGGCGAGAUUAAACGCGGUAUGCGUUUGAUUUCAGCUCGCGGCCAAGCAGAAGUUGUUUCAAAGCUUUAUGAGCCUUUGGCGGAUGAAUAUCGAGAGAUAAGCGCAGUGCAGUCGGGUGAUGUGGUGAUCUGUGCAGGUCUCAAGUCCACAGUGACGGGAGAUCUGCUGACCUCCAGCCAGUCAGCCUUGAAGAAUGCUCAGAAACGUCUGAAACAAAGCCUGGGUGCUGUGGCAAGCAAGGAUGAGGAAGAUGAUGAGCUUGACGAGUCAGACGAGCUAUUUGCCAUCGAUCCUCAGAUACCCGACGCCGUAUACUUCUGUUCCAUCGAGCCCCCCAGCGUAUCCUCACAAACGGCCAUGGAGCAGGCAUUAAGGCAACUGCAGCGGGAGGAUCCCAGCUUGCGUGUCAGUUACGAUUCAGUCACCGGACAGACAGUGCUCGGUGGAAUGGGAGAGCUGCACAUGGACAUCAUCAAGUCGCGUAUCUUGAGCGAGUACAAAAUCGACGUUGAUCUGGGUCCACUGCAAAUUGCCUAUAAAGAGACUAUUGAUUCCCCUGCGCUGACCACAUUAAGUGUGGAGAAGGAAAUCGCUGGCAGCAAGCAGAAUGUCAGCAUUACGCUGGAGGUGGUCAAGAAUCAAACGGAGUUGUUCAGCUUAGAUAAGUCGCCGGAGAACUUGCCAAACCUCAAUACGCUGCGACCACGAAUUCUGCAGGUUCUUCGAAAAGGCUCAAUCAGUGCCCUGGAGCGAGGACCACGCGUUGGUGGACAGGUAGUGGAGACGCAGAUUCGCCUGCACAACGCUACUAUUGGUCGGGGCACUGCUGACUCUUUUGUCAUGGCUACGGCAGCCCAGUGUGUGCAAAAGCUGCUAAGCACGAGUGGCACCCGGCUGUUGGAACCCAUUAUGUCCCUUCAAAUCGUAGCACCCAGUGAACGAAUUUCCGGCAUUAUAGCCGAUCUUUCACGGCGACGUGCGCUGAUCAACGAUGUCCUGCCGAAGGGUGAUAAAAAUAAGAUGAUUCUGGUAAAUGCACCUCUGGCGGAGCUCUCCGGUUACUCCAGUGCCCUGCGCACAAUUAGUUCCGGCACAGCCAGCAUGACGAUGCAGCCAUGUGGCUUCUCUUCCAUGAACUCUGCGGACGAAUCUCUGGCGGAGCGAAGAGCCCAGGGCCUAGAAUAGUAUCCAGUGCACUUAGAAUUGUUAGAUAGUUAUACUCCGCCCAGCAGGCGGACUGUCAACUGCCUGCUGCCCUGAUUGGGCGAAUAUUUGUUUGUAAAUUUUGAUCUGUCCAGCAAUAGACUUUUUUGUGACAAUACAUGUCGGACCCUUA